AUGCUGAGGCAAGGCCCCAAAAAUGAGCUCGCAGCGCUUCACCCGAGGUCAUCACUGCUGAAUCCAAUUCCGAAGAAGAAACACUCGACGUUGAUGCAGAAGAUGAUGUGCCCAUUCCAGAUAACGAGGCAGAUCUUGCGCGUUGGCUUCGGAUCAGCAAAGGGCGUCUGGAAAGCCUGUGCUCCUGGGCACCGAAAGCUGUCCGUGCGCACCAUUCAGCAUCACAAGAAGCUUGAACGCGACCAGGCUUCACGGGAAGCGAAGGAAGAUGCUCGUCUGGGUCUGAAGUCAACCACUCUGCUCGGAUUCUUUGCACGGAAGAAGCAACCCACCCCAACACAUCCACAGACAGAGCCUCAGGAGAUCAUCGAAGUUCCUGGGGAUGAUUCUGGGAGCGAUGCAAUGGAGCUGGAUCGAGACGACGCACCUCCCGACUCAGAUGAGAUCCCGGAAGCCGCUCGUGGCACCUCUGCACCCGCAAGCAUGGCAAGCUCACCGAGUCAACGUCUGACAAUUGAGGAGGUUGAUGAUGAUGAAGACGGCAAUGGUCGAUGCCCGGACCCAGCUGACUUGAGCCCAUUGGAACAAGCGGAAGAAGGUCUUGACGACAUCUGGGAUCCAUCCGAGUGCCGAUUACUGGGGGAUAGGAUGGGAGAGAGAGCGGAGAACGCACCGGGGACUGAUGAGCAACCUCGGAUUCAUGGCCCAUCCCCAUUCCCUCCCUGGUUGCGAAACUCGGACGCGACAUUCUUCCCCGAUCAGAGUCACGGAUUAGUGCUGCCCGAGCGCCGCAAGAAACUCCCUCGGCCAAUUCCCUCCAACGAGUCUGUCGACAGAGCAAUUCCAAAGUUGCAGGAAUUGCUGCAUCCCCAUUGUUCGAAAGGUCGUGGACACGCGAAGAGCAAACUCGAUCUUGUCACACAUGCGCGCCUUGAAUGUGUGGUGCGAUUCCUGCGACUCUUUCGCGCCUGCGGAUACACAAACUGGUUGGAGGAAUCAGAAUCGAUUGUAAAGUCAUGUGGGAAGCAGGGAACGAAGACGUGGAUGGCAAAGAAAGUGCGGGAAUGGGCAAUUGACUUCUGCGAGGACGAGAAGAAGCUGCCGACUCACAUGUAUGGUCAAUUCGACACCUCUGUUCUCACCCGCGACGAGGAUAUUGCUGGUUCCAUUCAUCAGCACCUUCAGAGCCUCGGGAAAUGGGCAUCAGCGAAGCAGAUUGUUCAAUAUGUUGCCACGCCGGAGUUUCAAGCACGACUUCGUGUCAAGUGCGGGAUUAGUGAGCGAACAGCACAGCGGUGGAUGAGGAAGAAUGGAUACCGGUGGCGACAAGAGAAGAAGGGUCAGUACUCGGACGGACACGAGCGUGCCGAUGUUGUUCAUUUCCGGCAACACAUCUUCUUGCCUCGUUGGAAAGAGUUGGAGGCUGGGACUCGGUGGUGGAAGGUCGGAGAUUCAGAUGAACAGAUCAGUCAUGAUGCGGCAUUACGUGCGUACCUGAGCCCAUCUGUCGAUGCUCGUGUCGUUGUCAUCUGGAGGCAUGAUGAAUCGACAUUCUAUGCCAAUGAUCGACGCCACUACAGUCAGACAGGUAACUAG